UCGUUCAAGGCUGGAUCAUAGUAGCAGCUCUGAUCUGAAGAGAAAGAGGAACCAAGAGACGACGAUACUCCGCCAAGGCAAACGGAAAAGCAGUCCCUCCUCCGACGAUCCCCCCAACUGCAGUCGCAUGGCUUCAACUCGAUCCGGCUCUCGUACCCCUUCCGGGAAAGGGAAGGGCCCAAAACCUUAUCACAAAGCCAUUUGGGACUGGGAGAACACACGUAUCUACUUGGAACUUGUUGUCAAGGAAAUAGAUGCAGGUAACAGGCCGCACAUGUCAAUAAAUCCGAAUGGGUACCGGUCUUUGGCUAAGACUUUUGAGGCAGCGACUAGGUUGACACAUAGCAUGAAACAACUGAAAAAUAAGUACAACCAACUAAAGGCAGAGUGGCGUGCAUGGUCGAAACUAAUGGAUAGCCGCAAAGGCCCCACUGGAAUUGGGUUCGACCAAGAGACUGGCUUGAUCAAUGCGUCGGAUGAAUGGUGGGCUACAAUGGAGAAGGUUGACAAAGAGUGUUGCAAGUUUAGAACAAAGAGGUUGGAUCACGAGGAAUUAAUGCGUCGUGUUUUCACGGGGGCUGCGGCAACAGGAAAAAAUGCUUGGACGCCUGGUGAGAUGCGGAACCAGCUGGAGGUGGAAGGGGAGUCCGAUAGUGCAGACUUCUCUACGGACAGCAACGAAUUGGGUGCCUCUGAAACUGCAAACUUGAUGAAAUCUGCAAACAUUACCGCAUCCGGUAGUGGUAGCAAAAGGAGGCACUCAUCUAUCACAGCUGUGCAGAAGAAACGAAUCACCGGGGCAGAAGCAUUGGCAACAAGCAUGGAUGAUUUGGUGACUUCGGUGAAAACACAAAGUAAGGAACUCACUGUUAACCAUGUUGUCGGUGGACAAAGUGUCGCUAUGGCCGAAGCUAUCCGACGUCUUUAUGAAAUUCAAGGACUUGAACAAACUAAUCCACUGCUCCAUUUCGGUAUUUCCCUUAUGGAGGUGCCCAAUAAUAGGGAGAUGGUUAUAAGUAUUCCUUCCGAUGAAGGCAUUAUCGGCUGGCUGCAGGUGAAGCAACAAGACAAAGAGAGGACGACAGCAGCUCCAACUCUUGCAAGCAUAUUGCGCAGUCAAGGACUUCGUUUCUAACUAUGCUGUGUGUUGGACUUGUUAUGGGUUACGUGUUGGACUUCUUUUCACUUAUGCGUUGGACUUCGCUUAUAUUUGCUAAAGGGCUGCGUUUUAAUGAAAUGCUUUGUGUUGGACUUCUUUUCGAACUUGUUUGUUAUGUAUUUGCUAAUGACAUGAUGUUUUCAACUAUGCUUUGUAAGGACAAUUGGUAGGGAGAUGGUUAUGCUAUUCCUUUUCUUUGCCUAGUUUUCUAA